UUGUGCAUGCCCUUCGGCCUGGCAUGGACACUCUGGGAUCGCUGACCAUUUGUUCACUGCGAUCGGUGGCUACUGUGUCAUGCUGUGCAGCUGUGGGUGUUUACGCUCGCCGUCAAGGCAUUUUAGAUGACUCUGCUGAGAAAUUUUUGGACAAGCUCGUUUCUUCAGUGUGUUUGCCGUGCUUGAUUCUGGGCAAGGUUCCACCACUUGUCACCCUGCACGACCUGCUGGCAAUCUGGCCCCUAACACUGGGUUGCCUUUGUACAGUGAUGUUUGGUCUUGCCGCUGGCGCCAUUGUGGCAUGGUGGUUGAAUUUGC